GGCGCCCCGCCCAGUGAGCUGUCCUGGUCGUCCUCCCUGGCUGUGGUGGCCGUGUCCUGCUCAGGGCUCUUCACUGUCAUCGUCCUCAUGCUGGCCUGCCUGUGCUGUAAGAAAGGUGGCAUAGGAUUCAAGGUGAGGGCCGGCCUCCCCGGGGCCACCUGGGCNNNNGACCUCUCGGCGCAGGGCUCCCCGGCCGCGGCGCACGGGCCUGACGUGUACGUACUGCCACUCACCGAGGUCUCCCUGCCCAUGGCCAAGCAGCCAGGGCGCUCAGUGCAGCUCCUCAAGUCUGCAGACCUGGGCCGGCACAGCCUCCUGUACCUGAAGGAGAUUGGCCACGGCUGGUUUGGGAAGGUGUUCCUGGGGGAGGUGAACUCGGGCGCCAGCGGCACGCAGGUGGUCGUAAAGGAGCUGAAGUCGAGCGCCAGCGUGCAGGAGCAGAUGCAGUUCCUGGAGGAGGCGCAGCCCUACAGGACAGUGCAGCACAGCAACCUGCUCCAGUGCCUGGCCCAGUGCGCAGAGGUGACGCCCUACCUGCUGGUGAUGGAGUCCUGCCCGCUGGGCGACCUCAAGGGCUACCUGCGGAGCUGCCGGGCGACUGAGUCUGUGGUGCCUGACGCCCUGUCGCUGCAGCGCAUGGCCUGUGAGGUGGCCUGCGGCACCCUGCACCUGCACCGUCACAGUUUCGUGCACAGUGACCUGGCCCUGCGGAACUGCCUGCUCACGGCCGACCUGGGCGUGAAGGUCGGGGACUACGGUCUGGCGCACUGCAGAUACAGGGAGGACUACUUCGUGACCACAGACCGGCUGUGGGUGCCACUGCGCUGGAUCGCACCCGAGCUGGUGGACGAGGUGCACGGCAACCUGCUGGAGGCGGACCAAACCAAGGCCGGCAACGUGUGGUCUCUGGGUGUGACCCUCUGGGAGCUCUUUGAGCUGGGCCUGCAGCCGUACCCCCAGCACUCGGACCGGCAGGUGUUGGCUUACAAACUGCACUUAAGCGUGCCAAAGCCCCAGCUGCAGCUGCCCCUGUCUGACCGCUGGUACGAGGUGAUGCAGCUCUGUUGGCUGCAGCCGGACCAGCGGCCCACGGCCGAGGAGGUGCACCUGCUUCUGUCCUACCUGUGCGCCAAGGGAGCCACUGAGGCGGAGGAGGAGUUCGAGCUUCGCUGGCGCUCCCUGCGGCCCCGAGGCGGCGUUGGGUCCAGCAUAGCGGGUUGCAGUGCGGCAGAGCUGGCAGCCGCCUCGUCCUUCCCGCUUCUGGAGCAGUUCUCGGGCGACGGCUUCCACGGCGAGUUUGAUGUGCGGGCGGUGCCGGGGGGGAGCCACGGCCUCAACUUUGAGUACAAGUGGGAGGCGGGUCCCGGCGAGGCCUUCCCGCAGCCCGGGGACUUGCCCAGCGCAGGCCCAGCCGCGCGCCUGCAGGAGCUGAGCGCCCUGGACAGCGCGCCGCGCGGAGUGGGCGUGGGCGUGGGCGUGGGCGUGGGCGUGGUGCCGGUGCUCAGCGCGCGCAGCCCCUCCCUGGGCAGCGAGUACUUCAUCCGCCUGGAGGAGGCCGCGCCCGCCGGCCACGCCCCCGACUGCGCCGGCUGUGCCGCCACUGAGGAGGAGCUGGGGGAGGCCGAGUCAGGAAGGGCGGCCCAGCACCCACACUGGAGCUCCAAUGCCUCGGCCAACAACAACAGUGGCAGGCGGCCCCCAGAGUCCUGGGACCCCCACUACUUCCGCAACUAUGACUGCCCCCGCCCCAUGCAGGCCCCAGGGAUCUCUCCUGAGUCGAGCCACCUUCUGGCUCCAGAGGACCCUGGAGCACCUUUGGGAGGGCUGCAGGUGGCCUCCCCGGCUCAGGAGCCAGGUGGCUGCCUGGGCCUUCCUCUUGGGUGCCCUACCCAGGUCCUGGCACCUGCUGCCUGCCUGGUUACACCCCCUUGGACACAGGCUGCUCUAAGUGGGGGUGACGAGUCCCAGGCAGAGCCUAGGCUUGCCGCGGAAGCCGAGCACCCCACUGGGCCCCAGCUGCCUAUUCCCUCUGCCCUCUCUCCUGCCCAGGAGGGGGCCCCCCUACCCUCAGCUGAGGCUGGAGCCCCUGACAUCCUGCCUGCUUCACCCAUGCCUGCCGCUGGCAGCCGGGCAGGUGCCACAGGGCCGGCCCAGACCCCUGAUGGCGGUGGCUGUUCCCCUGAGCCGGAGGGGUCCAGCAGUGAGGACGGGGACACCACCCAGGCCACUUCACGUGUCUUCACUGACUUGUCUGGCGACAACCCGCAGGCCGAGGGGCUGGGUGCAGGGCCGGCCUUCCGUGCUCUGCAGGAGCAGGUGAGGACCCCCGACUGUCUGGACUCGCUGGACAUCCCGUCCACAGCCAGCGAUGGUGGCAGUGAGGUCUUCAGCCCGUCAGCCGAUUGCACCUCCGCUGGGCAGCCCCGCGCCCUGGACAGCGGGUACGACACGGAGAACUAUGAGUCCCCUGAGUUUGUUCUCAAGGACACACACGAGCCGUGCGAGCCUGAGGGAUGUGGGGAGCUGGCCUCAGAGGGAGAGAGCCCCGGGCCCGAGACUCGGCCAUGCGUCUCCCUAGGGGGCCUCAGCGAGAAGAACCCCUACCGAGACUCGGCCUACUUCUCAGACCUGGAUGCCGAGGUCGAGCUCCCGGCUGCCCCAGGGACGUGUGCUGGGGGCCGGGCCUCAGGGCCAGAGCUGCAACCGCAGAGCCUGCAGAGCCGGGGGCCACAGUCCGUGCAGGCUGGCCUUGGCCACGAGGCGCCUGGGGAGGCAUGGGGUGCUGGGCCCCAGGAGCUGCUGCUGGCUCUGCUGCCGCCCGAGGCGUCUACCCCCACGCAGCGUGCCGGCCCUGCCAGCCCCAGGCCAGAGCCCCCCAGGGCCCGAGACCCAGCCGAGAUGCCGCCUGCGCCAGGUCCCGGCCCCUCCCACUUCUCCCUGCUGACUCCUGUAGCCCUGAGCUCAGAAGGCGACCACUCUGGGCUCCAGGAGGCCCCAGGACUGUCAUCAGAGCCUGCCCCACAGGAGCAGUCGGGGGGCCCAGGGACUGCCAGAGACCCCGUGUGCCUGACCUUGCCAGGGCUCCCCACCGCCUUGGUGGGCCGGCCAGAGGGGGAGGGGGAAGACAGCGAGGACAGCGAGGAGUCGGAUGAGGAGCUCCGCUGCUACAGCGUCCAGGAGCCGAGCGAGGGCAGCGAGGAGGAGGCGCCGGUGGUGCCCGUGGUGGUGGAGAGCCAGCGAGCACGCAGCCUGCGUGGCCUGCUCAAGGUGCCCAGCCUGCUGUCCCAGGCCUUCUGUGCGGACCUGGAGCGCAAGAAGAAGGUCGUGUCCUUCUUCGACGAUGUCACCGUCUACCUCUUCGACCAGGAAAGCCCCACCCGCGAGCUUGGGGAGCCUUUCCCGGGAGCGAAGGAGUCGCCCCCCACGUUCCUGGCAGGGAGUCCGGGCUCCCCCAGUGCCCUCAGCCGGCCUCGGAGGGCUGCCAGCUCCCCCAGCAGCUCUGUGGGGGAGGAAGGUGGUGGAUUUGAAUGGGAUGAUGACUUCCCACUGAUGCCAGCCAAGGCGGCCUUCGCGACGGUGCUGGACCCAGCCUCGCCCUCUCUGGCCACAGCCCCCAAGCCAGCUGCACCCUUCUCACGCUUCACAGUGUCGCCCACACCGGCCUCCCGGUUCUCCGUCACGCACGUGUCCGACUCCGACGCCGAGUUGGCGGGAGGCUCUGCAAGCCCCAGGAGCGUGUGCGAAGAGGUGUGAGGUCCGGCGGUUCCCGCGUCUUCAGGCUGGUGCUGUUGGAGGCCUGCCCACUAUGCCUGGGUGGCAGUGAGGACGGUGGCCAGCGCAAGUGGGCACCACGGCCUGGCAGCAGGUUCCAGCACCAUGCUGUCACGCGUGUACUGGAGAAGCUGGUGGGCAGGCCGGACCCGGCACCGCCUUGGGCCAGGACUCCUCCCGGACACUCGGGUUGGCCGCUGGCCCCUGGGAUGCUGGUCUGUGGGGCCAUGGGCCCGCGGUGUCUGUGCACACGUGCACAUGCAAACGCUCUGGGGGCCGCACCUGGACCUGGUGGCCCCCCCAUGCGGCUGCCCUGCCCUGGCUGCUUGGCCUCUCAGGCCUCUUGGGCCUGCUCUUAGCCGUGUGGCCCACGUGCCCUGCCCGGCUGGCUCCAUCUGUGUGCUCGGAGGACACUGCCCCCGGCCGGGCAUGGGGAGACACAGGCCCCCGAGAUGUGACGGGCUUGCUCUGUCCCUGUUGCCCUCACCUCAGCACGGCUGCUGCUUCCCUCACUGCCCAGAUUCUGGGCUGCCCUGCCUGGUCCCGCUGCCACAGCUGGGGCUGCCAUGAGGGCGGGGGGCAGCUGGGAAGGAGGGGUUCUGUGGCUCCCCUGCCGCUGUAGCCAUUCCAGAUGGGCCCUGGCAGGGUGGUGCAGGGCACUGCCCGCCCAGCACCCAGCUGCCUGAGGGAAGUGGGGGUCGCUGCACUGCGUGGGGCUCCUGCCUGCAGGGCUGUGCUGGCGGGGGGUGGGCGGGGUGGGCGGCAGGCAGCCCAGGCACGUUUGUAGUGCUGUUGCUGGAGCACAGGGGGGUGAGUUUAAGUUACUGUUGCCAAAGAGACGGAGAGUGCAUUGUUCGGUGGGGCUCGGCGCUGGUGUGUGCGGUGCAAUGAUGUGUUCCUGUUUCUGUUUCUGUUUUUUUAAAGAGAA